AUGGCCAAAUGUAUUAUUAUGUCGAAUCGUAAACGAAUAGCGAUAGUUGCACACGACAAUAAAAAAGAGGAAUUAAUCAACUGUCUCAAACCGCAUCGCACAGUUCUCGCUGAACAUGAAUUGUUUGGAACUGGUACUACUGGUUCUUUAGUAGAAAAAGAAUUAAAUUUGCCGGUGACAAAACUUCAAAGUGGUCCGCUAGGGGGAGAUCAAGAGCUAGGAUCAAUGAUUGUUUCCAAUGGAAUAGACAUAUUAUUCUUUUUGGUCGAUCCCUUGGAUGUUCAUCCGCAUAUUGAUGAUGUUCGUGCUUUAUUGAGAAUAUCACAGGUGUGGAAUAUUGUCAGCGCUACAACAACUUCUACUAUCGAUUUUAUCCUUCGUUCAUCUGAGAUGAAUGAAUCACACAUACGAAAUGUUUGUCAUUUGACUCAGCCGAAAGCAAUUAUCGUAAAAAAUUUGACCAAGCCUAAAGUAUCUGUUCAAGAACCGCGCAUUCCUAUUGUUAAUACUAAAAAGACAAGAAUUCAAUUGCCACGUUUGUCACCUGAGCGAAAACAACCAGUACUUCAACAACCUGUUUUUAAGAAAUGUUAA